AUGGCCGUCUCCAAUGGGUUUGGGCAGCAUGAAAGCUUGAUACCGCCAGCACAAAUUAAGCAAUUUCGGAAAUGGACGAAUAUUGACUGGAUUCUGGGAUUCUUAUGCUUUGGCUUCAUCCGUGCAUCUAUCUUGUUUUUCGUCCUCCGUCUCUUGCCUGUUUAUAAACGCUGGCAGAAGAACGUCAUCCUCGCCGCUUUUGUCUUCAAUAUCGCAAUAACUCUUAUUGCGACUGUCAGCUACGGGCUCAGCUUCAUCACCAACCAAGUCAAUGGAGUUCUUUCCUGUGUGGUCGACAUUGUCACUGCCAUCAUUCCCCAAGUUCUUCUUUGGAAGGUACAGAUGAAGAAGUCCAGUAAACGAAGCCUAAAUAUUAUUUUUAGCCUUGGCUUGAUUACGUCUAGUCUUAGUAUAGCGCGCGUUGCUACGAUCAGUGAUAAAGCACAAAAUGAGGACUCGAGUUUCCGUCUGCUUGUCACUGGAACCUGCUCCCUGGUCGAGGGUGAAAUGGGCAUCAUCUGCGCGUGCGGUCCCGCGAUCCGUCAAUUCAUUGCCUACAUCCACCGCACAGGUACAGUACUGCCAUCAAGUUCGCGCCAAUGUCCUAACCAGGACUUCGUUGAGAUGCGGCGUCGCAUACAGCUGCGCGAUAUAUUCUGGUAUCAAGGUCCGAAUCUGAUCGCUGGUCGGGUACUCGACGCCCUCCCGAUUCGGACGCAAAGGUCUAAGGAGGACGUGGAGGCGACUGCACAGCGCUCUUUGCUCGGCGACUGGCGCCGUACGAUCAAGGGUAAAAUAUUCAGCGGCAUGGAUAGUGAGACGAGUUUAUGGACAAGGAAAACGAGUGUAACCACCUCGCAACAGGAAAGUAGGCGCAUUGGGAGGAAGUAUAGAGAAUGGGGCUUACUGAAUAGUCAAAGCGCUGCAUCGGAUAUUGACAUAAAAUCGCCGAUUUUGAAUGGUGAUAAGACAAUCCUAGGAGCAGACAGGGAUCACGAGCUUGCAAAGAUCUUGGCGGAUCCUGUCAAGGCAGCUGAGGGCGAUGAAAGACACUCUUCCAUGCCGAUAGCGAGGGGCAUGACGGAGAAGUCUGGCGGGUCCUAUAUAAACACGCCUCUGAAGGCAGCUCGCACGCAGCAGCGGCGUAUGUAA